AUGUCUCGGAGAUACGAUUCAAGAACGACCAUCUUCUCGCCCGAGGGCCGCCUGUACCAGGUCGAAUAUGCGCUCGAGGCCAUCUCGCAUGCCGGCACAGCUCUCGGUAUCCUCGCACAGGACGGCAUCGUGCUGGCCGCCGAGCGCAAGGUCACCAGCAAGCUGCUGGAGCAGGACACCUCCGCCGAGAAGCUGUACAUCCUCAAUGACAACAUGAUCUGCGCAGUAGCAGGCAUGACGGCCGACGCCAACAUCCUCAUCAACUACGCCCGCCAGGCCGCCCAGCGCUACCUGCUGACCUACAACGAAGACAUCCCGUGCGAGCAGCUGGUGCGCCGGCUAUGCGAUCUGAAGCAGGGCUACACGCAGCACGGUGGUCUGCGUCCCUUCGGCGUGUCCUUCAUCUACGCCGGCUACGACCCGCAGCGCCAGUUCCAGCUGUACCAGAGCAACCCGUCCGGCAACUACGGCGGCUGGAAGGCCACCAGCGUCGGCGCCAACAACGCCAGCGCCCAGAGCUUGCUCAAGCAGGACUACAAGGAGGAGUGCGACCUGAAGGAGGCCUGCGGCCUGGCCGUCAAGGUGCUCAGCAAGACCAUGGACUCGACCAAGCUGAGCAGCGAGAAGAUCGAGUUCGCUACCGUCGGCCGCACCAAGUCCGGCAAGAUCUACCACCACCUGUGGUCCGCUCCCGAGAUCGAUGCCCUGCUCAAGGAGCACGGCUUGGCGAAGCCGGACACGGAGAACACCGAGGGCGGUGCGGCGGAGUAA